AUGCGGCUCUUCGCUGUCGCAGCUGCGGCGUUUCUGGCAAGCGUCGUAGAUGCUUCGAGUCUCCAACCUCCCGUCCUUCCGUUGAUCGUACGAAAUCCCUAUCUGAGUACAUGGCUGCAAAAUGCGAGAGAAGAGCCAUGGAGCAAAUGGCCCAUGUUCUGGACUGGAUCUGAGGUCGGAUUCAGUGUCCUGGCGUCUGUUCCGGACUCAAAAGAGGUAUAUCCACUGCUCGGUCGGCCCCACGACUCUCUAGAGCACAAGGGUAAAGAUUAUACGGUCGCGUACCCCAUAUACAGAGGUGCGAAAUACGACGCGUCGACGACCAAUCUUACAUACUCCAUACGAGCGCCCGACACAAUACAAUCAGCAAAAGACCUCGAGAUCACCUUGUCCUUCCUCUCGCCCAUCACACCGACCUCAACUCUGCGACAGACCAUACCAGCAGCAUACCUAUCUAUACACGUCGAAGGGUCCUUUGAUGUCAACAUAUACGUCGACGUGAACGGACAAUGGGUCAGCGGCAAAAGGGAGAGUUUGAUAGAAUGGGGCUUAUUUCAGCACGUCGCGCCUGGCCUGAAUGACAGACUAAAGACAUGGCAAGUCAAGCGACAGGUCGAGCAGCUCUUCACUGAGACAAACGAUCAGCCAGAGUGGGGUCAGCUACAUUUUACUGGACCUGUCGAUGUGCGUCAUGAAUCGGGCACGUCAGCGCUGUUACGCCAGCGAUUCGCUCGAACCGGAACGUUGCAGAAUGAAGUUGACGGAAACUUCCGCGGUGUCAUGGAUGAAGAGCCAGUAUUCGCAUUUUCGAAGGCUUUUAAGCUGGCAAACUCGUCUAUCGCUACGUCAAAAUCUAGCAGCAACAGCGACAGCGUUUUGUUUACGAUAACUCACAUCCAGGAUCCAGUCACGCAAUAUGCAUCUGCUCGAGGUCUCACGUUCAUGCGACCUUUAUGGAAGUCUUGGUUCUCUCAGGAUGACAAGCUCAUUCAAUUCCAUUACGGCGACUUUGCCAUGGCAAGCAGUCUCGCAGGCAACUACUCUGAGCAACUGCGCAUCGAUGCCUAUCAAUCGGGUUCUUCUAACUACGUCGACAUCGUUGCCUUGUCUGCACGACAAGUCAUGGGCGCCACUAGCUUCUCUGGAACCAAAGAGAACCCGUUGCUCUUCCUCAAAGAAAUCUCUUCCAACGGUAACAGCCAGACCGUUGAUGUCAUCUUCCCGGCUUUCCCGUUCUUCCUCUACACACAGCCUAGGUGGUUAGCGUACCUCCUGGAGCCACUUCUUGAGCAUCAGCUGAGCGGUCAGUAUCCUAACAAGUACUCAAUGCAUGAUCUUGGUGCACACUUCCCCAAUCUGACGGGACAUGCUGAUGGACGCGAUGAGUAUAUGCCAGUCGAGGAGUGCGGCGAUAUGCUCAUCAUGGGCCUGGCGCUGGUCAACUCAUUAAGCUAUAAUUCCGAUGCAGAGGCUCAGUCCAUCUGGUCGGCAAUCGGCAAUGAUGCGAAUCAUGACAUCGACGCAAACAGAGCGUUCUCUUUGAGCAACGUCGGCUUACACAAUGGAGUUGAGUACAUUGAUGAGACGUGGGGUGGAAGUGCCAAGGGUAUCGACCAGGCAAAGAAGUGGCUAGAAGGUAGCUACGAUUUGUGGAAGCAAUGGACCGGAUAUCUCGUUGAAGACGCUCUUGAGCCCCACAACCAGCUCUGCACUGAUGAUUUCGCUGGGUGGCUACCACUUCAGACUAACCUUGCCUUGAAGGGUAUUGUCGGCAUCAAAGCCUUCAGUGAAAUUGCUGACCUCAUGGAUCGCCCUGGUGACGCAAAGCACUACCGCAACAUCUCGGAAACGUACAUCAAGAAGUGGCAAGAAUAUGGCAUGUCUCGGGAUGGCACACAUGCUAAGCUCGCCUAUGACUGGUACGGCAGCUGGACAACUUUAUACUCGCUCUACGCCGAUGCUGUACUCUGCUUCCACCCUACCAUCACAAACACAUCAUCCUCCAUAUCAGAACAGUCAGACUAUGCAUCUGGCAAUGGUCAGGCUCAGCGGCCCUUGUCCCCUUCAAAGCAUUCUUCUGGCCGCACACCCAUAACUGAUGACUUCAUCCCCGACGAAAUCUACAACCUCCAGAGCGACUGGUACUCUACGGUUAUGCAAAAGUACGGACUCCCUCUCGAUUCUCGCCAUCUAUACACCAAGUCGGACUGGGAGUUCGAAGCCGCUGCCGUGGCAAACAAGACGGUGCGCUCAGAGAUCCUUGAUCGCGUAGCGCUUUGGUUAAAUGAGACGGUUACGGACCGUCCUUUCACGGAUCUGUAUGUCACUGAAGGUGAUGGUGGCUUUCCUGGGCCAUGGUUCUUCGCGAGGCCAGUCGUCGGCGGUCACUUUGCAUUCUUGACUUUAGAGAGGGCUUGCGGUGGUAGUAGCAGGAAGUAA